AUGGCACUGAUUGGCGGCCAGAGUGGAAGCGGCACCAAUGUCGACGAGGCACGCCGGCUCCUCGAUGUCUUUCGCCCUCUGCUCACCGACUAUCUCGCCAAGAUGUCAGCGUUUCUUGAUAACGAAGCGCAUGACUCUCGCGUCUCUAUUCUCUACGAGCACGGCCUUGAUGUGCUCAAGUGGUGCACCCAUGCUGAGUUGCAGCCAUCGCAUGGCUACCUAACUAGAGCAUCGGUGGAACUUCCGCUCGCUGGGCUGCUCCAGCUCAUGCACGUAAUGAUCUUGUACAAGACAUUGGGCAUUAACCCCGGCGACCUGACCAGGCACUUCAAAGCCAGGGAACCGUCCCUGCCACCCUUUUUGCAUCAGUGUCGGAUGAGGAAUCAUUCUACGCACUCUCGGAGAAGGCUCUUGGCAUCCUUUUUCCUCUGUGGUGCCAUUCCUGAUCUGGAGUGCCCUGAUGCCGAGGUUGAUCUAGCGCUCACUGAUGAGUCUAUUUCCAACGAAGGUCCGCCAUCACCGAUGGUGUCAAUUCGUGGCAUAGCCAAGGACCAGCUCAGCAAAUUCAUUACCGAGUUUAAUGAACGCAGCACAGGCACUGUUGGGCCCGUCUAUCUGUCGCUUGUAAACACCAACAACCGGAUAGUUGUUUCUGGUAGUACGCGUUCAGUCGCGGUGUUUGUCCAGUGGCUGCGCGGUAAAUGCGCACAGCACAGCGAUGAUCAGUCGCAUAUCCCGUACUCGCAGCGCAAGCCUAUUGCCAGGAUGACCUUUCUGAGCAUUAGCCAGCCGUACCACUGUGACAUCCUUCUACCCACUAUCGGCCGCCAGCUUUCGUAUGCUGCGGAGAAGGGCUGGGCGUUUGACGCUGCCGACCUGAGGACUGAGACUCGUGCCACCAACGACGGCCACGAUUUGCGCCAUUGGGCCCCUAUGUCAACGCAUAUCGUCGACUUUAGUCCUGAUGGAUUCAGCGCUUUUGGCACUUUUGCUCACUCAAUUCUUGCGGGCCGGGGCAUCUCGGUAAUCUCGACCAGCGCACUAACAGCAGGCAGCUCGCCGCUUGGAGCCAAGGCCGAGCUAUUCAAGCAGAAUAUCUCUGAAGUCAUCCAGGCACCUAACUGGCAGAAGCAGUUUGCCCCACGACUUGUGCGCACCAAGCACGAUGGCCGGCUGCACCUGGACACGCCGAUGCACCGUAUUCUCGGGCAGCCACCGCUCAUGGUUGCAGGCAUGAUGCCGACCACUGCCAACGAGCAUUUUGUUGCGGCUGUCAAGAACGCUGGUUAUCAUGCCGAGCUGGGCGGGGCAGGCAUCUACAGCAAGCAGAUGCUGAGGCGCAUGGUUGACAAUUUGGUACUGGAGACAGCGCCUGGCCAGGGUAUCACGCUGAACUGCAUAUACUUCAACCAGCGCCUAUGGAACUUCCAGUAUGCUGAGAUACUUCGUCUGCGCAGUGAGGGGUAUCCAAUUGCUGGUGUGUGCAUCGGCGCAGGUGUGCCGUCGCUGGAAGUGACCAGUGAAAUCAUUGGCAGCUUCCGCAACGUGGGGAUUCGGCAUGUCGCUUUCAAGCCUGGCACUGCAGCAGCCAUCCGCCAAGUCCUCCAGAUUGCGCGGACAAAUUCUGACUUCCCAGUCAUUCUGCAGUGGACUGGUGGCCGUGGUGGUGGGCAUCAUUCGUGCGAGGACUUCCAUGAGCCAAUUCUGGACACGUAUGCAAAGAUUCGUGCCCAGAAUAACGUCGUUCUGGUUCUGGGUUCGGGAUUUGGCGACGCUGAAGGCACGCUUCCGUAUCUCACUGGCAACUGGAGUCUCAAAUAUGGCUGUGCGCCAAUGCCUGUUGACGGUUUCUUGGUAGCUUCGCGUGUUAUGAUUUCUAAGGAGGCAAAGACGUCGACGGCUGCAAAGAAAUUGAUCGCCCAGGCUUCAGGCCUUGCCAACAGCGAAUGGGAGAAGACCUAUUCCGGUGCGCAUGGAGGGGUUGUCACCACAUUCUCAGAGUACGGCGAGCUUAUGCAUGUUAUUGCAACACGGGGUGCCAUCUUUAUCAAGGAGCUACAUGAAACCGUUCUUUCCAAACCUCGUGAGGAGCAGCCAAAACUGCUCAACGCCAGAAAGGACUACAUUAUCCAGCGCCUGAAUUCGGAUCAUGUUCGUCCCUGGUUUGGCCAGAAGGCUGAUGGGAGUACCUGUGACCUCGAAGAGAUGACAUACAUGGAGGUGGCUAACCGACUUGCUGGGCUUCUUUACGUCAAGCACCAGCAGCGCUGGAUUGACCCCUCAUAUCUCGAUCUGUUUUCCACCUUUCUUCGGCAUGCUGAGAACCGGUUUACUAGGGCGUCGGUCUGUUAUGAGGUCCAGUUUUUGGAUGAGAUCGGUGAUCCAAAUGAGAUGGUCAGCCAUUUUGCCACGAAGUAUCCUGACAUUGCCACCACCGUUAUUUCUUCUGAAGAUGUCCAGUACUUCUUGCACAGCUGCAGGCGGAGAGGUAUGAAACCCGUUCCAUUUAUUCCUCUCUUUGAUGAGGACUUUGCGGUGUGGCUGCUGAAGGACACCUUCCGACAGUGUGAGGAUGCUGACGCGCUGGUUGACCAGGAUAUACAACGCACGUUCAUCCUGCAUGGCCCGUUGUCUGCGCGCUAUUCUACUAAGGUCGAUGAGCCAGUCAAAGACAUCCUCGAUGGGAUCUACAAUGGCCAGACAUCAGCCUUCCUUGAUUGGUACUAUGGUGGUGACAAGUCGAGGGUCCCUGUUGUGGAGUACAUUAGCCCAUCACUGCAGCGGAGUGUUUCGCCAUGCACGGUUCCUCGCAAAGUCUUGGAUGACAGGAGUGUUUAUUACCUACCAACCAGGGAUGCUGAAUUACCUGACCUCAAUUCGUGGGUUACUGAACUCGUUGGGACACAGGAAGAUUGGCUUCACGCAUUGCUAACAUCCACUACCAUAGUUCAGGGGCUGAAAUAUGCUGACAACCAUGUGCCCAGAAUAGUUCGUCCACGUCCUGGCCAAGUCGUCACACUGUUUGUCGAAUCUGGGACUGCAUCACGGCUAACAAUUUCCCAGCCCGGUCUUGCAUAUCCCGAGGUCGAAUUGCGCAUAGACGAAAGCAGUGUCAUUACGGUGUGCGUCAACCAUGCCACCCUGGACAAAAUCUACCCCUGGGAGCUGAACUACAGGUAUCGUCCGGAUAUGCCAUCAGCCAUGAUACACGACGCAAAUAAAGGUCGCGACAGCCAAUUUUGCCUCAUUCCGCUCCAUGGGGCCAAGCACAGCACCGAAUGCUAUCAAGAUAAUGUCCUCGGUCAGGAGGUGGGUAGCCUGCCUAGCUCUGGCCGCCCUGUUCGCUGGCGUGGCUUUGUCAUCACAGACGAGCUCGUAGCAAAGUAUUGCAAGUCGGUUGGGAACAGGCUUUCGCUUUAUAAACCGCACUCUGCUCGUCCAACAUAUGCACCGACAGAUCUGCUGUUUGUCAUUAGCACAGAAGGGAUGUUCAGCUUGUUCUCGUUGCCUUUGGCUAGCCCAGGGUUCUUGAAUCUGGUCCACAGGUCAAACCAGAUGGAGCUAGCCGACAACUUUGAACUCUUGAAGGUUGGUGAUGUGGUGGACUAUGAUAUUUGCAUCGGAGAGCUAUUUAACACGGUUGCUGGCAAGCAGCUGCAGGUGCAAAGCGUUUUCUACAAGGAUGGUGAGACAACGCCAUUGCAUUCAAGCAUGUCGCCGAGCCGGUGUAUCAGCUUGAGAUUAAAUCGCAGCUGGAUGUCGACAUUCCUUCGCUCAAAAGAGUGGAUCAUGUUCCACGAGGAACAGGCUACUGAUAUUGCACCGGGCGAUGCUCUUGAGUUUGUGAUCAACUCUAAAUAUCGUUACCUGACCGACACUGUAUACUCAUCCAUGAAAUCCGUUGGUUCUGUCAGGCUGGUGAGACGCAACAGCCAGAGCAUCAGCUUAGAUGUUGCUAGCAUUCAGUUUGAGUGGUUAGAAUCCACUGGUAACCCUGUGGUUGGGUUCUUGGAGCGAGUUGGCCACAUUGUUGACCACGAAAGGCUGUUCGAUCAUGAAGGUGUCCCAAUUAUCCCGGCUGAUAUUGAUGGGCGACUUGUUUCAAAGGCUCCAAACUCCGCACUGGAAUAUGCAGCGGCAGCAGGUGACUUCAACCCAAUCCACACAAAUGCAUACAUUGCCGACCAUGCCGGCCUCCCAUCACCAAUUAUUCACGGGAUGUGGACCUCAGCAUCGACUAGGGCAUUUAUUGAGAGGUAUGCUGCCAACAGCCAGCCAGAGCGUAUCCGUGCCUAUUCGACUGAAUUCGUGGAUAUGGUCCAGCCUGGAGAUCAGCUGCAGACCAAGCUUUUCCAUGUUGGCAUGAAAAAUGGUCGAAUGCUAGUGAAGGGCGAGACGUGCAACCAGCAUGGGAAUGUGGUUCUCACGUGCAUUGCUGAAGUUGACCAGCCAAGGACAGUAUAUACCUUUGCCGGUUUAGGCUCACAGCAAGUUGGAAUGGGCAUGGAUCUGUAUGCGCAGUCUGAUGCUGCACAUAAUGUCUGGGACCGUGCGGACAAGCACAUGUGCAGCACAUAUGGCGUGUCAUUGUUAGACAUCGUGCGCAACAAUCCCAAGAGACUGGUAGUGAAGUUCUGUGGCAAGAAAGGACUGAAGGUUCAACAAGUAUACCAGUCACUGGCUACUGAAACCAUCGACGAUAAUGGCGAGGCCAGCAUGGUAGAGCUGUUCCCGCAAGCUAGUGGUGAAGCAGAUGACUACACACACCUGUCAGCAUCGGGGCUACUGCAUGCAGCGCAGUUCACUCAGCCAGCGUUAGCUGUUUUUGCCAUGGCCAACAUUGCGCACUUGAAAUCAAAAUCAUUGCUCCAAGAACGGGCAAUGUUCGCUGGUCACUCGUUAGGCGAAUUCUGUGCGCUGGCAGCGCUGAGCGACAUCUUUACUCUUGAGGACAUCAUCGAUAUUACCUUUUACCGAGGGAUGCUUCUCCACGCAUCUGUUGAGCGGGACCAGCAGAGCCGCUCGCAAUAUGGAAUGGCUGCCAUCAAUCCAAGCCGUGUUGGGGAGAGCUUCGAUCAGGAUUCACUGGCAUUUGUUGUCAAGAGUAUCGGAGUGCAAGGUGGCGCUCUACUUGAGCUCAUCAACUAUAAUGUUGCUGGCCAUCAGUAUGUAGUCACUGGCCAUCAUUCCAUGCUCAGCGCGCUGCGUGAAGUUCUUGAUACCAUUCACGCCUGCAGGAUCGAUGUUACCUCAGACUUCGGCAAGUGCGAUGUUGAAAACAUCAUUCGCGGUGUUAUUGCCCAUCCUGAUCGUGACACGCGUCCUACACGUGGCAGAGCAUCAAUUCCGUUGGAGGGUGUCGAUGUUCCUUCCCAUUCCACUCAGUUGCUUCCUGCGGUUGCGCCAUUCCGUAGAUACCUUAAACAGAAGUUGACGGAGCGCAAUGUAGAUUAUUCGAAGCUUCAAAAUAUCUACAUUCCGAAUGUCACUGCCAAACCAUUUGAGGUUACAAGGGACUACUUUGAGCUGGUCCAUGAGGUGACAAAGUCGCCUGUGCUGGCAGAGGAACUAGCAAACUGGGGAGAUGGUUGCGAAUUGUCUGAUCCAGAGAUUGCACGGCUCGCACCGACUCUCCUUGUUGAGCUUCUUGCAUACCAUCGAUUCAUUGAGAUCAGUCCAACGCCAACAUUGACUGGCAUGGCAAACAAGACACUGGAAUUGCUAGCAAGUAUUGGGACUAAACCAUCGGUACUCCACAUUCUCCAGGAUGAAGCCGAUAUUUGUUUUGCGUACGAACCCAGCUCUGAGGAAACAAACAUCGGCACUACUCCAGUAGACAAUGCAGAAAAGCUGGCCCCACAGCAAGUGGAUCGAGUCGAAGAACCAGCUACUCACCGGCCACCAGCAAGUCUGCCCACGGCUCCAGCUAAAAGUGUCCCAGACAUUCCUCUCCAAACACUUGAUGUGCUGCAAGUCCUUAUAGCCCUGAAGAUGAAGAAGCCAGCCAGAGAUAUCCUCCCAACCAAGACCAUCAAGGAGUUGGCCAGAGGUCAAUCAACGUUGCAAAACGAGAUUGUCAAUGAGCUGCAAAAGGAAUUUGGGAGUGCAGUGCCUAACAAGGCGGAGGAGAUGAACCUCACUGACCUCGCAGACAAAAUUGGACUAUUCAGUGGCACUCCUGGGAAGCAGUUAAAUGCCCACCUAGCCCGCUUGUUUGCAACAAAGAUGCCUGGUAAUUACUCCCAAUCUAUUCUCAGCGCACAUCUAGAGAGCAGAUACGGUCUUGGUGUCCAGCGGCAGAAUGCAGUUCUUCUCCUUGCACUGACUUUAGCGCCGCCCAGCAGAUUGGGUACUGCCUACGAGGAGUUAUAUGCGAAACACGAGGGCAUUGUAUAUUCGGCAGAUAUAUCUGAACCUGUUCACUCUACAGCUUCAGUACUUAGUAGCGCGGAGCUUGACAAGGCACAGCAUCUCCAAAAGCAGCAGCUCUUGCGCCAAAUGGCAGUCCUUGCGCAUAGUGCUGGUGUUGAUCUCCACAAGGACAAGAGAGAGCUCGCUCAAGCCCAAAGCGAGAUUGCUAAACUGCAAGCAGAAAUUGACAAAGUUAGUGGGGAACAGGGAGAUGAAUAUCUGCAAGGGAUUAGUUCCAUCUUCGAUGCUAAAAAGGGUCGGCACUACAACUCGUAUUGGAACUGGGCACGGCAGGAUUUGUUUGAACUAUGGAAUGGUCUUCUUCGGGGAAAUCGCUUCAUCGACUCUGAAAAGCUACACAUGCUCAAGAAUCGGUCAAGCCCUGCACUUGUAAGAUUUGCUGAAGGGCUGCUUGCUAUGCUGAAAAGGCAAGCCGACUAUCAGACGCUUCCAUUCAUUACAGAACUCGUGGAGGUGAUCAAUAGCUGUAAACCAGCUUUAGCGUCUAAACCUCAGUUCAAGGGGGUAGGUGCUAUCACAGGGCCAAGUGUCGAAGUUUUCCAUGAUAGCAUUGUAUCAGCAAACUUUAGAGGGCACGCUGUUGGAGAAAUACUCUAUUCUGAGGUUGCCAGACCCGGUGACUCCACGUUCAGUCUGUAUUCGGCAAGUAUGGAAAACACACUAGUCGAUGGCAAGCCGCUCCUACAUAUGCGUACGCAGGAGCAAGGUCAGUCAUGGUCGUAUAGUCGUGAACACACUGCUGUCUACUUUGAUGCUAUGAACGACACCUGCUCGAAUGGCAUGUCGUUUGAGGGUAAAACUGUUCUGCUGACGGGAUGCGGUCGAGGAUCCAUUGGCAGCGAGAUACUUAAGGGUCUUCUCUCUGGAGGUGCCAGGGUUGCCGCAACUACAUCUAGUUAUAGUUACAGGACAACAGAGUACUUUGAGGACAUGUAUCGCCAGUAUGGAUCGCGUGGGUCCGAGCUGCAUGUAUUUCCUUUCAAUCAAGGGUCAGUUUCCGAUAUUGACAGUCUAAUCCAGCACAUAUUUGGCGAGGGCGGAUUACAUUGGGACCUUGAUUUUGUCUUGCCGUUCGCCUCCACCUCUAAUAUCGGCAGCGAUGUUACAUCGUUGAAGUCACAUUCCGAGCUUGCACUGCGAAUCAUGAUGACCAAUGUAAUACGCCUAGUUGGGGCAGUUGCUGCUGCUAAAGCCAGUCUCGGACUAGAGUUGUCGCCAAGUGUAGUGGUUCUUCCGCUUUCGCCUAAUCACGGGCUAUUCGGCGGAGAUGGCUUCUAUGGUGAAAGCAAGGCUAGUUUGGAGACAUUGCUAAACAGGUGGAGAUCGGAAACAUGGUCAGAAUACAUCUCCAUCAUUGGGGCAGUCAUCGGGUGGACGCGUGGUACAGGCAUCAUGGACUCGAAUGAUGUCAUUGCCAGUGAAGUGGAGCGGCUUGGAAUGCGGACAUUCUCGGUCAACGAGAUGGCCUUUAACAUUUUAUGUCUGCUCCACUACAAACUUCGUCGUCUUGCGGUGGAAGCGCCACUCUGGGCGGACCUUGCUGGUGGGUUCCAGGCAAUAUCCCACUGCAUGGACAAAGUUUCGGCUAUGCGUGAAGUGCUGGUUGACCAGUCUGUCAAAUGGAGAGCCUUAUUUGCCGACCAUGCCCAUGAAAACAAUAUUCUGUCGGGUGAGCAGACAAGAAAAUUGUGGACUGUGCACAAUUCCGACUUCAAAGCCAAUAGCGGUAUGAAGUUGCCGGUAGUCAAGGCAUACGAGCAGCUGGAAGAGACUGCACCACCUGGAAGGAAUGUAGUAACCGGAUACGGUGAAAUUGGGCCCUACGGCCAUGCGUCCACACGCUGGGAAAUGGAGGCAUAUGGCGAGCUUUCUCUUGAAGGGUGUGUUGAGCUUGCUUGGAUCAUGGGGUUGAUCAGACACCAUAGUGGACCUUUACCAAAUGGUAGCGGCAUACACAUCGGUUGGGUGGACACAAAAACGGGUGAGCCAGUGCGCGAUCGUGAUAUCAAGGCAAAGUAUGAAUCCUUUAUUCUCCAGCAUACUGGAAUACGCCUGCUUGAGCCAGAGAAUACACAUGGGAUUAGCUCGGAGAUAUUGCCCGUUUUGCGCGAGAUCCAGGUUACCCAUGACAUGGAGCCCUUUGAAGCAACUGCUGAGGAAGCAGAAAGCUUCAAGCUAUUGAACGGCGACAAGGUCGAUACUUGGAGGAAUAACGAUGGCACCUGCUUCCAGCCGGUUGGGAUCCGAAGCGAUACGGGAUCCCUGAUGAUUUGGUCAAACUCAUCGAUCCGCUCUCAAUCUAUAGCAUUGUUGCCACCAUCGAGGCACUCCUACGCUCAGGAAGUGACUGAUCCGUAUGAACUCUACCAGUACUUCCAUCUGGCAGACAUUGGAAACACGAUUGGGUCUGGUUUAGGGGGAUGUGAAAAACGGAUGUGUUGCAGGAGAACACUUAUAAACACGGUCGCUGCAUGGGUAAACAUGCUUCUGCUUGUCUUCGGCAGGGACCGAUUAAACCUGCUAGUUGAUGCUGCAGUAGAAGCGAUUCAGCUCGGAAAGGCUAAAAUGGUGGUUGCUGGGGCGUCUGAUACCUUCACUCGUGAGAAUGCACUCGGGUUUGCAUCCAUAAAUCGCCACAGUAGAUGCUACAGGUCGAGCUUGCAAACGGGCGCACAUUUAAAGAAAUGUCUCGUCCUUGUGCGGCAACUCCGCAAUGGAUUCGUUGAAUCUGCCGGUGCAGGGAUCUUGACACUAAUGUCUGCAAGUGCGGCCAUUGAGUGUGGGGCGCCAAUUUAUGGAGUGCUAGCAAUGACUGCUACCGCCACAGAUAAGGAGGGACGUACUGUACCUGCACCCGGACAGGGACUAUUGACCACAGUGCGUGAAGAUGCGACGAGUAUUCCAUCACCAUUAUUGGACUUUGCAUAUCGACGCUGCCAGCUUACGAAAAGACUCAACGCCAUCCAGGAAUGGGUCGACGAGCAGUAUGAGGGGCUGGAAAUGGAAAUUGAAAAGCUGAUGGGCACUGAUGCUUCAGUUGCCUAUAAUGCGGACGAGUUUGCUCGCUCCAGGAAAUCAUUCAUCGAGAGCAAAUCCCAGCAGCUUAUUAGGGAUGCGCAUGAUGCAUGGAGACAAUUUCACCCAUUGCGCGGGUCAUUAGCCAUGUGGGGGUUGACAGUGGAUGAUAUUGGUGUCGUGUCCUUCCAUGCAACUUCUACAAAAGCCAGUGAUAAGAACGAGCCACAUGUCAUUAACCAACAGCUCAAGAAACUGGGCCGCACACCUGGAUAUGCCGUGCCAGCUGUGUGCCAAAAGUACUUGACUGGGCAUUCUAAAGGACCAGCUGCCGCAUGGAUGCUAAACGGUGUGCUGCAGAGCAUGCAAACAGGCAUCAUUCCAGGCAACCGCAACUUGGAUAAUGUCGACCCUGAGCUUGAGAAAUACGAUUGCAUUUUAUUCCCAUGCAGGUCGAUUCAGACCCCCAGGAUCGAUGCUGCGCUUGUGACAUCAUUUGGAUUCGGCCAGGUUGGUGCCGAAAUACUAGUGCUGAACCCAGAUUUUGUACACGCAGUUUUAUCCAAGGAUGUGCUAGACAAGUAUCGUUGCAAGGUUAAGGAGCGCGAGCAGAAAUCUAACCGCUAUUGGCAAGAUGUGCUUAUCGGAAACCAUAUGUUUGCACAAAUCAAGAGCGCUCCGCCAUUCACACCAGACCAAGAGGUGGAUAUCUAUAUGGAUCCGACCGCUCGGGCAAGGUAUGACCCGGUGUCUAAGGGAGUAAUCCGCUUUUUAAAGGCUGUUAGAAUCUCUAAGGUCCCGAUUACUGGUGAACUACGUAGCUUUUAUCUAGGGCCGGUGAGCGGCCUAGCCUAA